UGGACCUAACCUGUAUCCACUUUUCACUUUCACGCCUACUCUCGACUUAUUCCCUUUAGCUCCACCCUUAUGACGACCUAUCUAUACCUUAGCAUUUAAACCUUUCUUAACACUCCUACUCUUCCCUAAUCAACCAAUAGAAUAGCAUUGGAUAAUAUUAAACACAUAGCUGCAUGCGAAAAAUAUUGUAUACGUCGACAGCAUGACAGAUUCGUCUCAACUUGCGAACGAGUAACACAUAACUGUUAUCUCCAACCACUUGUAACUCUUUAUCGUAUUACGCCAUAAAUUAAAAUAAAUCAAUAUAUGUAAAAAAUAAAGUCUUUGUAGAUCAAUUUGUACAAAGAAGAGUGAGUAUACAUAAUAAUAAAUAUAUGUAUAUUUCACUCCUACACUCAACACAUAUAAUUUGGAAAAACAUAUUUAAAAACGUUUUAUUAUCUUCAUAGAAUAUGAGAAACCGUAAAAGAACCACUGAAAGGGGUAAGACACCAGCACACAUUAUGCUAAGGGCUGCAAGAGAGGUCAAAUUAAAUAAUAAAUCCAUUAGAGGAGCAGGAACCGAUUACGAUAUCCCUGAAAGAACCCUGAGACGAUUUCUGCAGAAAGUCACGGAUGAAGAGCUUUAUGGCACUAAUGAACUACCUACAACUGCAGUCGGGUAUAUAAAAAUAGACAGGUUUUCUCAGACGACCAAGAGAAACAAUUAGAGGAAUAUAUAUUAAAGGCUGCCGAUGUAUACUUUGGCUUAUCACCAAAACAGAUAAGAACUUUUGCUUAUGAAUGGGCUGUCUCACUAAAAAUUAAAUUUCCCGAUUCCUGGAAUACAAAUAAAUCCGCCGGACAAGAUUGGUUUACCUAUUUUAUUAAAAGACACGCUGGUCUGUCUAUACGUACGCCGGAAGCCACAAGUUUGGCACGAGCAUCAGGAUUCAAUAAGCACAGUGUAGGAAAUUUUUUUAAAAAUCUGAAAACAGUUCUGCAUAGGCUACAAAUUGGUCCUCAGUAUAUCUACAAUA